AUGGUUUUAAUUUUGGCUGCCACUCAGGCUGCAGGCUCCAAAGGUUUCCGUUUAUUUUUAAUACUUUCGCGCAAAGUGUGUUGGACCAUACCACUUAUUGUUUUGCAGCUUGUCAUGCCCUCGUUCUCGGCCCAGCAAUUUGUGGACUACUCCAUACUUCUUCUGAGGGAUAAGAGGGACAAGAGGGACAAGAGGCUGCAGACGCCAUCUCAACCUGGGAUGGGCCUUGCCCAGCAAAAGCAACCAGUUGACUAUUCGUGGCUUAGUUACCCAAUAGCUUGGGCUAGCCAGGUCGCUAUCAUGCCCACGAGCGAAAUCUCAGACACUGGUUGCUAUAUCUGUCGCGAAUAUCGUGAAGUAGAUGCGUCCAACAGAGGGAACCAAUGCAGACUCAGGAGUCGGGACAUCCGCAAGACCAUCUGCCAGUUGACGGCUUGCAUCGCGAAUUGCUACUCAUCCCCAGCAGACACAAAUAAGCAAAUUAACUGGGACCAUUGCAACGACGGAGUCAAGAUGGCUUUUGCACCGGAAUCCGGUACUGCCUCCUUUAGUUUGUAUUCAACGCCAUGUGUUACCACGCGCAAACACUCGGCACCUCGACCUGCUGUGCUCCAGGCACAAGAGACAAGACCCAACAACUUUGAUAAAAGCAAACGCCAUCGAGCUUGUGGCGUCCAUCUCCAUCAGCAAUCACAAAGAAAGCUGAGGAAAACCCAGGCACAACCACCACAUUUGCACCUGGAUCCUUGCUCCUCCAGUUGCAGCCCAGAUCUUCCCUCCUGGUGCUGGCACCCUCGCAGUUGGUGCCAACAGACUGCCACAUCCCGCUUCUGCUCCGGCUCGCUCCACACGCCACCCAUCGCCAUCAACAUGGGAGUUGAUUAG